AUGGGAAAUGAAGACGCGAUGACAGAGGUCCCCGCCGCACUGAAACGACUGGCCAAGUACAUGGUUCGUGGAUUUUUCGGACUAGAGCAUUCAUUGACCCUUGAUGUGCUCAUCAGGUAUCCUUGUGUCAAGGAGGAUGACAUUGCUAUGCUCCUCAAGUUUGAAAAGAAGCAGCUGCGAGGAAUCCUCAACACCUUGAAGGCUGAUAAAUUCAUCAAGUGUCGCAUUCGUGUAGAAACUGGUUCCAAUGGAAAGAGUACCAAACAUAACUAUUAUUACAUCAACUACAAAUUGCUAGUAGAUGUGGUCAAGUAUAAACUGGAUCAUGUUCGGCGCAAGAUUGAGUCGGAUGAGAGAGAAUCCACCACGAGGGCUUCCUUUAAGUGUCCUGGGUGUCUCAGCACCUACUCUGACCUGGAGGUGAACCAGCUGUUUGACCCAGUUACAGAGCUCUUUCGCUGUACUUACUGCUAUGCUGAAGUAGAAGAAGACUUCUCAUCAAUGCCCAAAAGAGAUGCGAGGACAUUACUUGCUAAAUUCAAUGAGCAGAUUGCACCAAUUUUUGUGCUUCUCCAAGAGACAGAAGACAUUGUGCUUCCAUGUGAGUUGCUAGAACCGCCGCCAACGUAUAUUCCAGAGCUUGCAAACUGCUAUGAACAGAGUUCUGAUGUGCCAAUGGUUGAUAUGCAAGUGCUCCAGGGGAGAUGGGCAAACAGAACUUCAUCUAUGGACAAUAUGUAUGUCCAGAAUGUGACCAUUAAUGUCCGUGAGACUGAGGUUAGAAAGGUAAAAGAAAAGAAGGGGAAGGAGCAGCCAGUCUGGAUGACGGAAAGUACAGUUGCUGUGACUGAAGCCCAGCCUGAAGAAAUCAAAGCUAAUCUCCCAUUUGAAGAACCAGAGACUGUGGAUGAAAAUGCCAAUAAAGACCAGGGUAAUGACAAUGAAGUGAUAAGGACUCUCUUAAUCCACGAGAUGAAAUCCGGAUCUCUUCCAACUGUCACCAAGAUUGCCAAAAGUGAUUCCGAAAGUGAUACCAGUGAGUCCGACGAAGAGAAAAAACACACAAAGCUGGCUGAGGGAAAAUCCACGAGCAGCGCAGGGCUGGAGGAAGAGGCUGAAGCCGAUGACCCAGUGGUCAUGGUUGGUGGCCAGCCCCAUAUGUACAGUGAGGUCAGUCAAAAUCCAGGUCUAGUGUCAUUCAUGACUGAUGAGGAGAGAGAAGCAUACAUUAAAAUAGGACAACAAAUGUUCCAGUCUGUGUAUGAGUGA